AAUGAGUUGGUCUGCUGCAGAAGUUGAAGCUACUGUGAUACACAUAAGUUCAAGCAACUCUCAGCGAGUAAAGCCAUCAUUCGAGGCAAUGGAUUGUUCUGAAGAAAGGAAGAAAUCGCUCCGAGCAAGAUAUAUUUAUGGCAUCAUCUUCUUGGUCACCAAUCUUACCGCCUGGUUCAUUCGUGAUUAUGGCCAAACCAUUUUUCCUCCACUCUACUAUAAAAGAGCUUGCGGAAUCCAUGGACAUGACUGUUUCCAAACAUUGGGAGUUCUCCGAGUUAGUUUAGGAUGUUUUAUAUUCUUUUUUCUCAUGUUUCUCACUACAUUUAGCACAAGAAAAUUGUAUGAAGCUUGCGGUAAAUGGCACUCGGGAUGGUGGGGGCUGAAGUGUUCCCUAUUGGUCGUAUCGAUGGUGGUUUCAUUCUUCGUUCCUCCGGGUUUUAUUCAUAUGUAUGGAGAAGUUGCUCGCAUCGGAGCAGGGGUUUUUCUCCUUCUGCAACUUGUAAGCGUGAUCGAGUUUAUCAGAUGGUGGAAUAAAUACUGGGCACCUGAUGAGCAAAGCAAAAAAAGCAUCUGCUCCAUUGCAUUAUUUACCUCGACAGUUUUUUACGUUGCUUCCAUCUGCGGAAUUGUGUCCAUGUACUAUUUUUAUGCCCCUAAAGCAUCAUGUUCUCUCAACAUAUUCUUCAUUACAUGGACUUUUAUUCUGGUCAUAGUGAUGAUGGCUAUGUCCUUGCAUUCAAAGGUUAAUCGAGGUCUUUUAUCUUCAGGAAUUAUGGCCGCUUAUGUUGUUUUCCUCUGUUGGUCUGCUGUUAGAAGUGAACCAGCUGAUGACAAAUGCAAUAUACAAAAGGGGAAACAUGGACAUGGCGAUUGGACCACCAUCCUUGGGUUCCUGAUCGCAAUAGGUGCCAUUGUCAUGGCAACCUUUUCAACGGGGAUUGAUUCAAAAUCAUUUCAGUUUAGCAAAGAUAUGGUGAAACUAGAGGAUGAUAUACGCUAUAGCUAUGGAUUUUUCCACAUCAUAUUCUCCUUGGGUGCCAUGUACUUUGCCAUGUUGUUCAUCAGCUGGAACUUACAAAACUCUGCAACCAAAUGGAGCAUUGAUGUUGGGUGGGCAAGCACUUGGGUGAAAAUCAUCAACGAGUGGUUUGCAGCCAGCAUCUACAUGUGGAAGUUGAUUGCCCCAGUUGUGAAGCAACCUAAGGUCAUUAACAAUGAGGACUCGGCGCAGCAGAUUAAUAUUACAAACUCCCCAUGAUUUUUGUUUUGCACUUCACAUUUUCAUUGUUUAUUUCUUUCAUUCUUUCCUCAUU